GGAAGUAAAAGCACAUUUCGCUCUACGGCAGUGUAAGAUAUACAUUCAAGUGAGCAGUAAUUACCAACAUGUCUGUAACAAACAUCUUUACUUUUGAGAUUUUAGAUGUGGAUAAUGGGACAAAUGGAUACGAUUACGGAAACGACACAGGCACUUCAAUCUGUGACGAUGAGGGGACCUUCCAUGCUGUUUUCCAACCUGUGCUGUACAGCUUGAUCUUUCUGCUGGGCGUGGCAGGGAAUGGCCUGAUGGUAACAGUCCUCCUGAGACGUUGGCGCCGCCUGCGCAUCACUGAGAUCUACCUGCUGCACCUUGCCUUGGCGGACCUCAUGCUCCUUUUCACAUUUCCUUUUGAUAUUGCUGACAGUGCCGUUGGUUGGCUGUUUGGGGAGUUUCUCUGCAAGCUGACAGGCCUGGUGCAAAAUCUUAACCUCCACUGUGGAAGUUUCCUUCUAGCUUGCAUUGGGUUUGAUCGGUAUUUGGCCAUUGUUCAUGCUAUUCCUAGUAUGCAAAGUAGACGCCCAAAGACCGUGCACUUUACAUGCAUUUCAUUAUGGCUGCUCUGUUUCGGGUUAUCAAUACCCAAUGCUGUGUUUCUUUCUGUGGGAGAAGUCAGAAACAUAUCUAGGCUCUCUUGUUUCUAUCAUGAUCAUGGUAUCCAUGCAAACAACUGGGUUUUGUCUAAUAGAGUCUUAGAUCAUGUGUGCUUUUUCCUACCUCUGGCUGUCAUGAGUUAUUGUUACACAGCAGUGGUAGUUACAUUGUACAACAGUCAGAAAGGCCAAGCGAAGAAGGGCCAAGCGAAGAAAGUUGCAAUUAGACUGGCUUUACUUGUCACUCUUGUCUUUUUUUUCUGUUGGCUGCCAUAUAAUAUCACCUUACUGAUGAAAACUAUGGCAGAGACCUGGGCGUUAUCACAUAUGAAACCUGUGACCUUUACAUCCUACUACAACCAGCCCUUGAAGUGACAAAAAGCCUUGGUCUCUCACACUGUGGCCUGAACCCUUUCUUGUAUGCCUUUGUUGGGGUGCGCUUUCGCAAUGAGCUA